AUGGGAAAAAAGAAAUUAGCCUUUGAUGAUGUUGCUUACAUUCUUCCAAGUGAUAUCCUAUUUCUCAUCCUUAUUAAGGUACCUUCUGUUAAAUCUUUGUUACGUUUUAAAUCUAUUUCUAAGUCGUGGAAUAUUAUAAUCUCAGACAAUGAAUUCAAGAGAAGUCAUCGCCAUCAAUCCAAAGCUUUGGGACGUGAAAAGCUAGUGUUACACAAAAGUAGUACCGAUGAAUUCGAGUUUAGAGACUUGGAAUCUUCCCAAUUAGUUAUGAUGGCAAAGGAAGUUUUUACUCCAGAAAAAUUCCGAAAAGCCAUCGUAUUGUCCUCAUGUGAUGGCUUGUUGCUUUUAAAGAACCCUACGGUUUUGUGGAAUCCGUCUACUGGAGAAUAUCAAACUCUUACGUGCCCUUAUUUUAACUACAAAGGCAAAGUUAGUGUUCCAAAUGCUUGUGGGUUGUGUUAUGAUUCUAGUGUCGAUGAUUACAAAGUUAUAUUGAUCUAUAAGUCGAGUUAUGCUCUCUAUUCUCCGAAUAACGAUUGUUGGGCGAAGAAACAAAUUUCACUUCGUGGUAUAGUAACAUUACUACAAAAUGGUUACUUCUCUCAGGGGACUAAUGCCAAUGGUUGUGUAUUUUGGUCAUACUACGACCGCGUUGUAGGUGUAACUUCUACAAUCAUAUACUUUGAUGGGAAGUCAGAUGAACUGAAAGAGCUUCCAUUACCAGAUUUUGUACGUGAGGAUGAUUGGUUUGGUUUAACUACUUUGAAAAGUUGUCUUAGCUUUUAUGGAGGCAACGACAAGAGUCUAGUAUUGGACAUAUGGACUAUGGAAUGCCAUGGAAGCUGGAAAUGGUUAAUGAACGUAUGCAACUUGCCCUGUAUCUGCGAAAAGUUUAUAGAAGAUAUAGUGCUUUUGGGCUGCAGGCGAAAUGGUGAAAUUGUCUUUCAAGGACUGAAAACUUCUCAACUUUUUAUAUAUAACCCUAGCCAACAAUUGCUUACAGAAACUCAAAUAUCGAAAGAUUUCUCCAAGAAUGGGGAUCUUCUCACAGCUUCAGUAUGUUUGGAUAGUUUGUAUUUCAAGUCUUAG